AUGCGGCUACAUGGCAUAGAGAUAACAGGAGUACUCCUGAAGGAUGGUUAUCCGUUACCAUUAAGUAGUAAACAAGAACUGGAAGACCAUCCAGUAGUUGGACAGUUUGAAGAUGUUUGCAUCAAGCUCCGCGCCUCAGUUUCUUCCAAGACAGGCGUGCCAUUCCAUACGGUCGGAUGUGGCUUUUCUUCAUUAAUUGACCCUUCUAAUCGAACGCACGUCAUUGUCCAGAUAGAGAAUAGAGGAUCUGCUGUACUGCACAAUUUUGUAAUGGAAUUGUUUUCGGAAUGGGAAAAAAGAAGAAAUGACUCAACAUUCAUGGGCUUUGAACUGCAGUCAAACUUUGGUAAAUUGAUCCCAAUCGUUUUCAUAAUAUCAAAAGAAUCCUGCAUUUUCUGACGCUAUAACUACCUUCGCACACCAAUUGUAUUGCAAU